CGCGCGAACCGGGGGAGGGGGGUAGGCGUGACGUAACGCACGCCCCGAGCGGACCCGGCGGGGACACGCGCGCGCGUCACGUGACCGAGGCUUUAGUGCGCGCGCGCGCGGGGGCGUGCGGCCCGAGUCGGAAGAUGUCGCUGAUGGUGGAGCAAGCGGUCGCCAAUGGACCUCGGUUUGGGGCCAGGGAGCACGCACAGGCAGUGAGCAGGAACUAUUGCUCGCAGCCCAGGCUGACCUAUAAGACUGUGUCUGGUGUAAAUGGACCGUUGGUGAUUUUGGAUGAUGUAAAGUUUCCAAGAUUUGCAGAGAUUGUACAUCUUACUCUUCCUGAUGGCACUGUCAGAAGUGGACAAGUUCUGGAAGUCAGUGGCAAUAAGGCUGUAGUACAGGUUUUUGAAGGAACAUCAGGUAUUGAUGCAAAGAAGACAGCCUGCGAGUUUACAGGUGACAUACUUCGCACACCUGUGUCUGAAGAUAUGCUUGGCAGAGUAUUCAAUGGAUCAGGUAAACCUAUUGACAGAGGACCUACAGUACUGGCUGAAGAUUAUCUGGAUAUUAUGGGUCAGCCUUUAAAUCCACAGUGUCGUAUAUACCCAGAAGAAAUGAUUCAGACAGGAAUCUCUGCAAUUGAUGGCAUGAACAGUAUUGCUAGAGGACAAAAAAUACCUAUAUUUUCAGCAGCAGGUUUACCACAUAAUGAGAUUGCUGCCCAAAUCUGUCGUCAAGCUGGUCUAGUUCAAAAAUCCAAAGAUGUUAUGGACUACAGUUCAGUGAAUUUUGCCAUUGUGUUUGCAGCUAUGGGUGUUAAUAUGGAAACAGCAAGAUUCUUUAAGUCUGACUUUGAAGAAAAUGGAUCAAUGGAUAACGUCUGCCUGUUCUUGAAUCUUGCAAAUGACCCAACCAUUGAACGCAUUAUUACUCCUCGUCUUGCACUGACUACUGCAGAAUACCUUGCCUACCAAUGUGAAAAGCACGUGUUGGUUAUUUUAACAGACAUGAGUUCUUAUGCUGAGGCUCUGAGAGAGGUUUCAGCAGCUCGGGAAGAAGUACCUGGUCGUCGAGGUUUCCCUGGUUAUAUGUAUACAGAUCUGGCUACUAUCUAUGAACGAGCUGGACGUGUUGAGGGCAGAAAUGGAUCCAUCACACAGAUUCCUAUCCUCACUAUGCCAAAUGAUGAUAUUACUCAUCCUAUUCCUGAUUUAACUGGAUACAUCACAGAAGGACAAGUCUAUGUUGACCGUCAGUUGCACAAUAGACAGAUCUAUCCUCCUAUUAAUGUAUUACCAUCACUAUCUCGAUUAAUGAAGUCUGCCAUAGGAGAAGGUAUGACACGCAAAGAUCAUCCUGAUGUGUCUAAUCAGCUGUAUGCUUGCUAUGCUAUUGGCAAAGAUGUCCAAGCAAUGAAGGCUGUGGUUGGUGAAGAAGCUCUCACCCCUGAUGACCUGUUAUAUUUAGAAUUUCUGCAAAAAUUUGAGAAGAACUUCAUUGCACAAGGUGCUUAUGAGAACAGAACAGUAUUUGAAACAUUGGAUAUUGGGUGGCAGUUGCUUCGAAUUUUCCCCAAGGAAAUGUUGAAACGUAUUCCUCAAAGUAUACUGGCAGAGUUUUACCCAAGAGAUUCUACCAAGCAUCAGUAAAUCUCCAAAUACAAGAGUAAAAACUUUAUUUUCAAUUUUAAAGAACACGUUAAGUAUUGGAGCAUUCUACACUUUACACACUCCAAUUGUUUACAUUGUUUGUAUUGUAAAGGUUUAAAAGAUAUGAUCAAAGUAUUAUUUUGGAGUCCAAAAAUUCCAGCUAUUUAAAAGAAAACUGUUUAUGUGAGCAUGCUGGUAUUUGUAGAAAUCUGUUUACACCCAUUGGAAAUCAAACAACCAAUGAAAAAGAUAUAAAUGAUUUCAUCACUGAAGUAAAAGAGAAAUUAAGUAUUAAAAGAUUUAAUAAGGUAAUUGCAUAGCCAAUCAAGCUUAACAAGGCAAUUAUUAGAUUUUUACAAAUUGAGAUGUGGCCAAUUGUUGAUAAAUUAUCAAAAAUAGUAAAAAAAAAUCAACAUCAGUGUUUAAAGUGUAUUUGCAUACCUAGUCAUUAUUUCAAAACUGUGUGGAAAGUGUUGUGACAUGUAAAGCAUUGCUUAAAAAUGUUUCUUUGUCAAUUACAUAAAUUAAUGAGACAAAUGGAUCUGGAUUAACUAAAUGGUGCACUUGCUUUUUAUGUACUGAUCCUCAAAAAUUAAUCCUUGUUACAAGUAAGCAGUAAUAGUGGUGAAGAUAGUAUAUUGAAAAUCAUUUGAAUCUGUGAUUACUGACUCGUAGGUCGAAAUGCAUUCCAAAUGAUUACAAUAAAAAAUUGGUAACUGCAGAAGUAUAAUGGUCUUUAAUUGAGGUUUAAUCUUUCUGUACAAAGAUGAGAGGAGCAGAUUGAUCUGUGUACAUUAUCUAAGAAAAUAUUAUUUACAUUCCUUUGGACUAUUUGUUUACAAGCUGAUUUUUCCAUUGAACCUCUGUCAAAAUUAAUAAAUAUUUCCAUGUAAACUGAUCUUAAAAUUAGAUUUGGAGGACUAAAUGUGUGUUAAUUGCUAUUCUGUUCCAUAUUGGUGUAAUUUAAAAAUACAUCGUUUUCUUGUAACAUUUUCUUAAUGUUUAUGAUCAUGUCAAGAGAAAAUAAAUUUGCUACAAUGCCA